AUGCUAUUUCAUGAUGUUAAUGCUUUAUACUAUGAAAUACUCGAUGGUAUGGAUGAAUUUAAGACAAUAGCAAAUGAUGCAUGGUUGGAAAUGAUGAAAUAUCGUGCGGUAAAAAAUAAAAGAAAUGUAGAUAGUACCUCAAAGUUAACAUUAUCGGAGCUAUUUAGAUCGAAACGAAUCUAUCGACAAGCAUAUGAUAAUCACAUUAAGCGAUCACAAUGUGCAUGUUCAUCACAACCAAAUAAUUGUCCAUCUGGUCCACAAGGUCCACCUGGAAUACCUGGCACUCCAGGAAUUGAUGGACAACCUGGUCUACCAGGUAAACCUGGAGUAAAUGGUACUGCUAUUCUGUUUGACUUGGAACUGGAUGAAUAUACAACUUGCAUCGAAUGUCCAGCGGGACCUGAAGGACCACCUGGUGAACCAGGGCCAAUGGGUGAAGAAGGUCCACCAGGAAUACCUGGUCAACCGGGUCCUGAUGGUAAUCCUGCCAUGGCUGGAGAAAGAGGACCAAUUGGUGAGCAAGGUUUACCUGGUCCACCUGGACCAAUUGGACCACCUGGAAAAAUGGGUGAAUCAAUGCUGGUCAUGUACGGCACACCAGGACCAAAGGGACCACCCGGACCUGAAGGAUCAAUAGGUCCUUCUGGAGAAGACGGUGAACCAGGACUAGAAGGAGAUAGGGGUUUAGCAGGAGAGCAGGGACCUCCUGGUACAUCAGGACCACCAGGACAAGAAGGACCACCAGGAGAGCCCGGUGAGCCAGGAACACCAGGUGUUGACGCUGCGUACUGUCCUUGUCCUCAGCGUACUUCUUACGUUUACGUUGAAUCAGCUGAACCAUCAUCAAAGCCACAUAGUUUUAAAGAGGCAGAAGUAUAUACACCGGAUGAAGCUGAAUUAUUACCAUCUGAUGAAUAUUUUCAUACAUUAUUGCAACCAGAUCACACGUACGUCCGAUAUAAAAAUUCACGACGUAAUCGACAUUUACUCAAUAAAGUUACACGGAAGAAAACAGUUUCAAACAGGAAAUCGAAGAAAACGAGUUAA